CGCGAAGUUGGGGGGAGGGUUUAGGGAGGGAGAGAGAAAUGACAGUGAUACAAUUCUUUAUGCUUCUGUCGUUGCUACACUUGACGAAGUCCUGUCUCUCAAGUAUGUGCAUUGAUGGACUGGAUCCUUUAUAGCUGGCCUGCGUUUCUUUUGUCUCUAUAUACAUACCAUUGCAUAGAUUCAACACCUGUCUUCAAUCUUGGUUCCUUUGUCUAUUACUCUCUCAAAUGGCAACACUCAGUGCCCCUGCCAACACCUUACGGAUGUUUGCUUGGGCUUUACUGAAGAAAAGGAUGGCGCGAAAUAGAAAACGUGGGCACCU